CGGGGCUUCAGCAUGGCGACGCCAUCUGGAGGUGUGCAGGCAUCGGUCUUCCAGGACAAGACACUGCUGCUGUUCCUCGUCUUGUUCGCCGUGGCAUACUGCUCGCAGCCACUGCUGGUGAGUCACCACCCCAGGAAUGAGUAGAUCAGCCAUGCAUGGAUGAAUGAAUGAACGAGCAGAUCAGCCAGGCAGGCAGGCAGCGAGAAAUGCCGUGGUCAUAUGAGCCGUUUGUGUCUGCUUAUGUGUGUGUGCUUUGCUUCACAGGUGGAUGCUGUGAAGUAUCAGGGCGCUGCAAGCGUAAGCAACGAGGAACUUGAAGCACGCACACAUGAAUGCAUCAGAGAGGCGGGACCCAUUCAGUCAGUCAUUCACUCAUUGGAGUGGCUGUCUUGUCUGUCUGGUGUGCUGUGUGUCUUGCCAUCGGUCCAUCCAUCAGGCGUCUACGUUUUUGUACUUGAUCCCGCACUACCUGUCCAUGUCACUCGUGGGCUUCCUCCCUGACGACGAGCGACACACAGAGGAGGAAACACGAAAGAACCCUUGGCUGGCGUGAGCAGAGAGGAACCAACACACACACACACACACACACACACAAGUGUGUUGUGGUGUGUUGUCAGUUGGAAGAAGGCGGGCAUCAUUUCUGCGAUCGACAUUGCACACCAGCUGACGGAAAAGGGUACCUAUGCCCCGUCGAUGACGGGAAUGAUUGCAUUGCAUGUCCAUUUUGUGCGUUCUGUGUUGUGUGUAUGUGUGUGGUUAUCUUAUCAGCUGGUUUGGUGUUUGCUGGGAGUGCGGUGUACAUAGUGGUGGGCAGGUAAUAAUUGGCUCCAUAAUUACCGCUAUGAAGCCAGAAUUCUUUGAAUAUAAUCAUGGUCAAAAACACGUUCCCUUUCUUUUAGCUCUACCAUCGUGUGGACAGCCAUCAUGGUCACCAUCGUCAACAGACGGCGGCUGGCACCAGCUCAGUGGUUCAGCAUCGCACUCAUCUGCGCCGGCAUCUCUGUCAAGGUGAGUCCUCACACAGCACGGCAUCCACUCCGUGCGAUUCCUUGUAUGUUUGUAUGUGUGUGUGACCAACACAUAUCACACGUAUAUACCAAUCAGGCUUUCUCGAUCGACUUUGAUUUCCACAAUGAUGAGUUCGUGGGCGCCGUGCUCACACUCGGAGCCGCCAUUCUGGUCAGCCAGGCCGCCAGGCAACGACCAGCCACACAGACACCCAGCAGAAACGACGUGUGUGUGUGUGUGUGUGCAUGUGGUUUAGCAAGGGCUGACUUUUGCUGUCAAUGAGAGAUUCCUCACCGGGUAGAUUUGACACGGAAGUGAUUCACUCGUGAUGGAUGGACGGAUGUGUGCAGCCCCGGUGCGGUGUCUGGUCCCAAGUUGGUUGCCAUGAUGGGCAUCAUCAACCUGGCCCUGCUGGUCGUGUGGACGGCCGUGUGGACGGUCCCGCAGUUCGACAAGCUGGUGCUGUCCAACAUCCGGCGGCACAACGGCCAUACGGGGGCCAUCCUGAUGGGCUUCCUGGGGCUGUUCCUCUGCGGCUUUGUGCACUCGGCCACACUCUGGUACCUCAUCAAGAAAAUCGGUAAGGCUGUGGGGUCAUGCAUCGACAGCUGGGAUGGAGGUGGGAAAUGGAUCGAGGUUCUAUGUGUGUGUUUAGGUGCGGUGAGUAGUGGUGUGAUGAAGGGUCUCAAGACGGCGAGCGUCUUCGUUCUCAGCCACUACUUCUUCUGCAGCAUACAGGUCAGUGAGUCGGCCAGCACAUCACCCCAUUCACUCCUCCGUGCUUGACUGUGACUGUGUGUGUGUGUGUGUGGGUGUGUGCAGUCGAGUCAGUGUCUGACGCCCACCAAGGCCAUCUCAGCUGCCGUGUGUGUGCUGGGCGUGCUGCUCUACUCCAUCUGCACACCACCCGACGCAGCCGCCGCAAGAGCCGCCGGCCCCCCACCUCCUCCCGCCGACAAGACCGUGAAGCGCGGCGACAGCAAGCCCUUCCGCCUUCGGUCGAAUGAGCACCUGGGCCUGCUCGAGUCCUUUGCGGAUGAGCAGCUCGAAGAAGGGGCGGCGUUCCACUCUAACGAAGAGGGCGGCGGCCAGAACAGUGAUGACACUGGCAAGGGGGAGGCGGGGGCGAAGAAAUGACAGAAAGUGUAGCGAGUGGUCGGUCAAUGAAGCAGUAAGGUCGGGGUGGUGUACAGUGCGAGCAGAGCUAUGAAAGGCUGAGUGGGUCUCUUGGCAACGAUGCGAGAGACAGAGAGAAAGAAAGAAGGAAGAGAGAGAGAGAGAGAGAGAGAGAGAGGUGUCGGACAGGUAUGUAUGUUAGGCAUUUGCAUUUGGUUGCUAUGCACGAGAUCGAUGCAUGGAUGGAUGGAUGGAUGGCCUGCCCGCCGCCCUCUCUCUCUUUGGUCACUCUCUGUGUGACUGUGUGAGAGUGUGGUUGUAUUUAUGUCUGUGGCGGCGAGGACCGGGAGGGACUUUCACAGACACACUGGCCGAGAAGAGUUUUGGAGCGCUUUACUGACUACCUCAAUCCUUAUGAAAGGAGCCUGCUCGUUUCCCC